AAGCGACGGACUCAGUUUUGUGACGAUCACCUCAGCCAUGUUUCUUGGGAAGAACAACACAUUGGGCUAACUUGGGUUUAAACAUAACCUUAACGUUAGCUACUAAUAGCGGAUUUAUUCCACAAGCACGUACCGUUGAAUCGCGUGUUUUUCAGUCUGUCCUCGCUUUAGCUUUAGCUAACGUUAGCCGCGGUGACUGGCGCGUAACGAGGACCAAGGUUGUCAAAUGUCACGACCACGGUCCGGCUCGCCACGAUACAGGAGGUUCCCGUGGGACGAACCGAACUUCAAUCCUCCCAAAGCCGUCACAGAACUCGAGGGGAGUCCGUCUGAGAGGAGCCGGCGCUCCCGAGAAGACCUCGAAGAGCACUGGACCUCCUUCAGGGAGGACAUGCACCACGAGGCCCAGAGGAGGAGCCCUCCUUUCCCAGAGGACCGGCAGUUUGGGCACCAGCGCCCCGCGAGCCAGGAAGAGUUUUACCGCCGCAGGCUGUCGCCACAUCACAGUGUGGCGAGCUUUGAUGGAGAGCGAAGGCCUUCCCCUCUGCAGGACGGAGCAGGAGGAAGAGGAAGAGGAGGAAGAGGAGGAGAGAGGCGCAGAGGAGGCUUUAGAGAGCUAUUCCAGAGAUAUGAAAACAGGACCACGUUGUCUCAGUCGCCGCUGAGGCUGGCGAGGGAGACGUUGCCGGCAACGCCGCUGUGUCACUCGGACCACCAGCAGAGGGAGGCGGGGGUCGGCUGGAGGAAAGGGGAGCAGGGCAGAGGCCGGGGGAGGUUCAGGGACCUCAGUCCCGUCGUGAGGUUGCACGACCAAAGAGGGGGAGCAGGUAGGGAGAGAGGAAGGAGGCCCGCACAGGGUCCCAACAGAGAGCGGCGAAGAGAGGACUCCCCUCAGGAGAGGAACCCCGCCUUUAAAAGGCAAAGGAGGGAAAUGGAUGACGGCGCUCACCUUGGGUACAGGGAUGAGGAGGACUUUGGGGAGCAGCGUUACUCGGUGGACUCCCCCAGGGACGAGCUCGGAGGAGGCGCCCGGCGCUCGGAGCCGCUCGUCGUGGAGCAUGAUCACGGCGCGGGGGGGGGGCCGCGGUGGGAACAGUUUGCCGAUCGCGGAGAUGUCGACCCCGACUUUGACCCCGACUUCAACCGACAGAGGAGCCCCCGCCCGGCCGGCGUCUCCCAGGAGCGCUUUAGGCCGCAGGGCCAUCGAGGGGACGCCAGAGGACGCCAUUUCCAAGACAGCUGGGGGGACUCUGACUAUCACGAAGGCAGGAGGGACCCCGCGCCGCAGGGAGGACCCCCCCCCCCGAGGCACGCGCCCGUGAACCACCGGGGGAGGGGCGCCCCCCUCCCGGCCAGGGGGCAGUCGGGAAGGAUUCAGCCGCGCUCACAGUCCUCUCAAGGAUACCAAGAGCCUCCCCCAGGGGGGCCGGGGGGGCAGCCCUUCAGGGGAGACGCCUACGAGGACCCCCGGGACGGAGAGCCCGACUGGGCAGACGAAGACGGACCUCAGCAGUGGGAACCCCGCCGGGCCGGAGGCCCCGAGCGGCCCCCCCAGAGGAGCGACUUGGACCCUAAAAUGCCCCGGCAGAGGGGGUGGGCCGAGGAGAGAAGAAACCACAUGACCGAGGAAACGCUCACCAUCAAAGUGGACAUGAGCCGACCUGCCAAGAACCACAGCUCGCUGUGCACCUCCUCGGACCGCCAGCUCUCAUUGGACCUGGUCAACGUGGGCCGCCAGCGGCUGGACUUCCUGCCCAUGCUGGAGCAUUCUGGGACGUACCGCGAGUCCACCAGCAGCUCCGGCACCUUCGCCCAGGAGAUCAUCACGCUGGUGCACCAGGUCAAAGAUCAGUACUUCAGAGGCAACGGGCUCAGCCUCAACCAGCGGUUCUCUGAGCCUCAGAAAGGCGGCUUCCAUGAAGACGGCUCGGAGGAGCUGACGCUGGACGAGCGGUUCAGCUCGAACCGAGGCUUCAGCUUGAACCUGAACUCCCUGCUGGACGAGGACGAGCCGCUCUUCUCCCGACUGGAGCCGCUGCAGCCGGUCCGAGGCCCGGGCGACCUGAGGCACGACCUCGAGAGGAGGAGGCAGGAGAGGCUGGAGGGGGUCAAGGUCACGAUAUCGGGCAGCAACGUGUCACAGCGCCCCCUGGGGCCCAGCGGCGAGUCGGGCUUCGACUACAGCGACCAGGACCAAGCGUCUCCGAUGGAGGACGGGGGCGUCUCCUUCUGGGCCGAGGCGCCGGGCCGGAGACGAGAAGGACCCACGGGGCCGAGGAGAGGAGGUCCUUACGCCCCCCAGCACAGGAACACUGAGCCCGGGAUCCGGCUCGGGCCGAUGAGGCAUCAGAACCACGGCAGCCACCCCCCAGGGCCCAGCUGGUGACCGGACCCCCGGUUCUGUCUUUACAACAAAGGAGCAGCCGAUUAAGAGAUUGUGGCACCAAACUGUGAAGAGCAGCACGCCGACCUAUGACCUCAUCUCCUCUUUUGUCUCCACAAGUUUUUCUUUCUGAUGAAUAAAACGUUUUGUCAAUUAGA